AUGGCAGCCAAGCCCUGGCCCAGCCGUGACUCUGUUCCCAUGCGGGUGGAGCUGCUGGGUGGCGCGGAGCAGGAGUACUUCCAGGUGGCGGUGCGGCUGCGGGGUGGCGCGGAGAACACGGCCCCCUCCCUGGGCUUCGCGGCGCUGCUGGUGGCCGAGGUGGAUCAGUUCAUGCUCACCGCCUUCACCCCUGACAUGCUGGCGGCCAAGGACCUGGAGAGCCCCCCGGACCUGCUGCUCUUCAGCCUCACCGUGCCCUGGCCCAGCCCCGGCGGGCAGGAAGGCGAGGAUCUCCGGCUGCGGGGCUACUUGCUCAGCACCAACAAGCCCAGCCAGCUGCUCACCUCCUCACACACUCCGGGAGCCCCUCUUGCCACCGCUGCAGCCCGGGCUCGGCUCCAGGUGACCCUGGAACUCUUUCUGCCUAAGGUGAAAGAAUGGAAUGAAAAUGGUGUGGCGCGAUGGAAAACCUUCAGAAGACAAAAACGGGAAUGGAUUAAAUUUGCUGCAAAUUGUAGGGAAGGAGAAGAUAAUUCAAGGAAGAAUCCAAUUGCCAAAAUUCGAUCAGAUUGCGAAGAAAACCUACCAGUUAUAUACAGCAUCUCUGGAAUAGGGAUUGAUCAGCCACCUUAUGGGAUCUUUGUUAUUAAUUCAAGAACUGGAGAAAUUAAUAUAACAUCAAUAGUUGAUCGAGAGGUGACAUCAGAAUUUGUUAUUCGCUGCUUUGCUAAACAUGCACUUACUCAUAGAGAUUUAGAACCACCUCUUGACCUUCGAGUCAAAGUUCUGGAUAUAAAUGACAAUGCGCCGAUAUUUUCACAAGCAACGUAUAUGGGAUCUAUUGAAGAAUGCUCUAUGGAGAAUACUCUGGUGAUGAAAAUAACUGCCACGGAUGCAGAUGAGCCAAAUAACUUGAAUUCCAAAAUUGCCUACAAGAUAGAGAGUCAGGAACCUGCAGGUGCAUCAAUGUUUAUUCUAAAUAAACAUACUGGAGAAGUUCACAUAGCAAAUUUUCUUGACAGAGAGCAAUAUAGCAGCUACUCUCUUGUUGUGAAAGCCUCAGACCGCGAUGGAGCUGCAGAUGGAAUCUCCUCCCUUUGUAGUUGUGCUAUUCAAGUUAUUGAUGUCAACGAUAAUUUCCCAACUCUUUCACAGAGUUCAUAUUCAGCAACUAUUGUGGAAAAUUCACUCAGUUCAGAAUUGCUACGGAUACAAGUUCUGGAUGCUGAUGAACAGUAUUCGGACAAUUGGUUGGCAGAAUUUUUCUUUAUAUCUGGCAAUGAAGACAACUGCUUUGAAUUCGUAACAGAUACAGCAACUAAUGAGGGUAUUCUGAGGGUUAUUAAGCCGCUGAAUUAUGAAUACUUGCAAAGUUAUCCACUGAGUUUUGGUGUUAGAAACAAAGCUGCAUUCCACCAUUCAGUUGCUUCUCAAUAUCAAGUUAGUGGAACACCCCUAAUGAUAAAUGUAAAAAAUGUGAUCGAACCACCAUACUUUAGUCCAUCUUCAAUGAACUUUUUUCUGCCAAGAAGCUUAUCAACAGCCGCCAUGUUAAAUUACAUUGUUGGAGCAUAUACAGCCACUGAUGAGGAAACUAGAAAAACUGCAACAAAUGUCAGAUAUCGGAUUGGACAUGAUCCAGCUGCCUGGUUCAGAGUCAGCCCCACAACUGGUGAAAUCUUUUUGAACAAAAUUAUUGAUCGGGAGUCAUCCUAUGUAGUCAAUGGGUUAUACAGAGCAAAGUUGCUGGCUAUUACAAGAGAUGUUCCUGCAAAAACUUCCACUGGUACCAUUGUGCUUGUAGUUGACGAUUCCAAUUAUAACUGUCCAACUCUUAGUACUGAAAUGAGACAAGUAUGUAUGAGUUCUCCAAAAGUUAUUAUCACAGCAAAAGAUCUGGAUGGUGAUACAUAUAGUCCUCCCUUUACAUUUAUCAUAGCUAAUCAGCCUGCAAGAAGUUCAUGGAGUAUUAGACCAAUAGAUGGUUACUCUGCAGAACUGAGCACUCAAAAUAUCGAGUUUUUCAUUUAUGACGUCUAUGUCCAUAUGAUAGAUAACCAAGGCAGAAGAUGUCAACGACCACAGAGAAUUCUUUUGCAAGCCUGUGUUUGUGAUAGCCGCCUAAUGUGUACUAGUGUUGCUACACAAAAAAAUAUUACCGAAGACAUUCGGGAUGGUGUGACGAUUGAUCAGGGUCUGGUCACUGUUGGUAGUAGUAUUGCUACAUCUGUUGAGCCUUAUUAUUAUACUGAUGUUUAUGGUCCUGAUUUUGGAGGCCGGCAGGGUGGAACGACUACACUUGGUGGUGCUGCUAUUGCUCUGAUGUUUCUUGGAGGCUUAAUAUUUGUGUUGUUUCCAAUUUUGAUGGCAAUGAGUGACUGUUGUGGUUAUGGAGCUAGACCUGUAGGUGGCGUUGGGGCUGGAUUUGAGCCUGUACCUGAAUGCACAGAAGGAGCAAUUCAUUCAUGGGGAAUAGAAGGAGCACAUCCUGAAGACAUGGCUAUCACAGGCAUCAGUGCAUCAAAAACAGUUGCCACUGCAGGUGACUUUGUUGACCCCUCUGUUUCAGACAUUUAUACAAAUACAUAUGGAGGAGGAGCAGUGGUAACUUCAGGACUUGAAGAAACUACAGGGCUCGGAACAGCUGUAGGUUAUGGAACAGCUAACAGCUAUGGGGCAGCUACUGGCUAUGGAACAAUGGGGAAAAAAGAGUCAAUUGGAGGGACAUUAAGAGAGUAUAGAGAAGGAGGAGUGAAUAUGGCUUUCUUAGACAGCUACUUCUCGGAGAAAGCAUUUGCCUAUGCAGAUGAAGAUGAAGGCCGACCAGCAAAUGAUUGUCUACUAAUAUAUGAUCAUGAAGGAAUAGGUACUCCUGUUGGUUCCAUUGGCUGCUGCAGUUUUAUUGGAGAAGAUAUCGAUGACACCUAUUUAGAUACGUUAGGACCAAAAUUUAAGACCUUGGCAGAAAUCUGUUUAGGCAAAGUCAUCGAACCCAUUCCAGGUUUUAGUGCUACCUUUCCCAAUAUCGAAAGUGAUCUAAAGCUGCCACCACCUGGAACUACGAUCAUCGUUAAUGAAUCUUCAUCUAUGCCUCCCCCUGUUGGUAGUACAACAAUUGUUACCGAAAACACUUACACAUCUGGUUCUACCCUACAGCCUGCAAGGCCUAUACCUGAUCCUUUGCUCCAUGGUAACGUAAUGGUGACUGAGACCUACACAUCCGGCUCAACUUUUCAACCACCCACACUUAGUGUCGAUCCUCUCCGUGCAUCAAAUGUUGUUGUAACAGAAAGGGUGCUUGCUCCUGCCUCUGCCUCUGAUUUGCGCGGCAUUCUAGAUAUUCCUGAUCUAACAGAUGGGGCAAAUGUUGUAGUCACAGAAAGGGUAAUUGCACCUGGUUCAAGGCUACCCCCUUCUUUGAGUAUCCCUGAUCUAGCAGAUGCAUCAAAUGUAGUGGUGACAGAACGGGUGAUUAGACCUGCCUCUGGUCUGCCAGGCAAUUUAACUAUUCCUUCUGAGCUAUCAAAUGCACAUAAUGUAGUUGUUACAGAGAGAGUAGUGUCUGGCCCUGGCAUGGGGGGCAUGGGAGGCAUGGGCGGCAUGGGGGGCGUGAGCGGCAUGGGGGGCAUGAGUGGCAUGGGGGGCAUGAGUAGCAUGACUGGUCAAAUGCUUAGCGCUGACACUCAUCUUAGCCAGACAGUUGGAUCCGUCUCCCCUGGUACAUCUCGAAGAAGGGUAACAAAAUACAGCACAAUACAGUAUGCUAAUCAGUAA